AUGGGUGCUUACAACAGCUGCAGCUGCAAGCGUGCCCAGGACUGUUGUCAAGGCGAAGCUGACUGCCGCGAUGCCAGAACGAGACCAAUGGCGGAUUUGGAGUACGCUGAUGAGUCUGACGAUGAGAAUCUGCUGAUCUCGCGAAAAGGCACUCGUGCCAAUUCAGGACUCCGCACUGGGCUGGAGGCCACGUCAGCCCUCCGGGCCCAGAUGAAGUCAUUGGCUCAAGCGCUGAAGAAAGGUGACAUACGCCUGGUUCGUGCGGAGUACCUUUACACGCUGAAAGCUGGGAAGCUGCCCUUCCCCCGACGCCAGGAAGCAGAGCCUGAGUACUGCAUCUGCAAAGGAAAACAGGAAUCGGCAUUGGUGACCCAUGAGGAGGUGGCCGACUGGUCAGAGGGUCGCAAGCCGGCAGUGAUUUGCUCGAUUUCGCAUUGCUGGGAAAGCAGGUUUCACCCAGACCCGUGCGGAUACCAGCUGGAGAAGAUUGUGGACUGCAUCUCGCUCUAUGAUGCAGCCUAUGACGACGACAUCUGGGUGUUCUAUGACUAUGUGUCGGUGCUUCACUUCCCUAACACGUGGAAUAAUUCAAAAGGCUACAUGCACAAACUCUUCUCUCAUGAGUGCAGUCUUACGCUUAUUGUCGAGGGUCUCACCCCGGAGACGGUCUGGCAAGCAAAGCGACACGUGCCGAUUUACGAUCAGCUGACAGGCCAAGUGGAGAGGGUCAACAUGAACAACCUCAAACAAAAUCGCAUCCCCUAUUUCGAGCGAGGGUGGUGCAGAGCUGAAGUCGAGUGGUCCAUUAUGCGAGGCAGGCCUGCCCAGCAUCAAUGGGUUGACUCUCAUGCUUGCAGUCGAUACAGAGUGCCUAUGACGCCGGAGUCAUUCAAGACCUGGAUGGCGGACGCCAAGUUCAAAGAUGAAGCGGACAAGGAGUUAUUGACCCAUCUCCACAAGCAGAUUUACAAGGCCAAGUUCGUGCACAGCCAGGAGGCCGUCUUCGAGCACGUUCCAGCAAGCGAGGUCAGCAAGCUCGCUGCAGAGCUGACGAAAGUAAAGCAACUGAGGGCGCUAAGAAUUCGGAAAGUUGAAGUUGGCGAGAAGGAGGCCCAGGAAUUGGGAGAGGCACUGGUCUCUCUCGAAGCUCUCGAGGAAGUUGAGAUCAGGCUUGCAGGCGACUCAGAUGGCACGGCAAUGGCCAAGGCCCUUUCGGAUGUUCUGAAGCACACAGCCAGCAUCACGCAGAUAGACUUCGCAAGCAAGGACAUCAGUGAUGCCGGGGUUAAGUCCCUCUUGGAAGUUCUGAAGCACAACGCCACUGUCACGAAGAUAUGUCUGACGAGAGCUGAGGAUGCUUUUGGGCUGUGUGCUGUGCGACCGGAGGCACCUUUGAAGAAGCUGCCCCCGAAGGCCGAGGAGGAAGGCGGAUUCAAGCGCAACGAGGCCCUUGCGGAAGCUUUCAAGCACACCUGCGCUAUUACCUGCAUAGAUCUGAGUGGCGAUUCCAUGGGUGACAGUGGGGCUGAGGCCCUGGCAGACGCCCUGAGGCAGAACUCGGCCAUCACACACAUAGAUCUUCGUGGCAAUUCCAUCGGUGACAGUGGGGCUAAGGCCCUUGCGGAAGCCCUGAAGCAGAACUCCACCGUCACGUACAUCAACCUCCGUGACAGUUCCAUCGGGGACACCGGGUGUAAGGCUCUUGCCGAUGCUCUGACUCAUGCCACUAUCAGAAUCACUGCGAUCUUGCUCGACAUGAAUUGCAUUGGUGACGAUGGGGCCAAGGCUCGGGCGUGCCAGACGCUCCGGACUGCAAACGCAACUACGUGGCUCCAAACUGGCACUCUGUUGUUGGAGCUUUGCAAUCAGGCUCUCGCAGCAGCUUCGGCGCACAACACGACCAUCACCAUGAUAUCUCUUGGGUACAACCGCAUCGGUGCCGCUGGCAUCCAGGCUUGGGUGUUUCAGAUGUUCCGGUCGUGCCGUGCAGCCUUAUCAUGGACCUCCUGUCAGGCCCUGGCAGACGCCCUGAGGCAGAACUCGGCCAUCACACACAUAGAUCUUCGUGGCAAUUCCAUCGGUGACAGCGGGGCUAAGGCCCUUGCGGAAGCCCUGAAGCAGAACUCCACCGUCACGUACAUCAACCUCCGUGACAGUUCCAUCGGGGACACCGGGUGUAAGGCUCGGGGUUUUGAGGUAUUUCGAUUGCACUUGGCUGUGCAAUGGCCUUGGUGCUGA